UGCCGUGGCGACGCCAAAACAACGACGGAGCUUUGGCGGCCAUGGCGUCGUGGGAGCGGGGCCUGGCUCGCGCGGUGGCCCACCGCCUAAAAUAUUACAUUGAUGUGCAGAGAAAAGAAGAUUCCUUCACUUCGUGUGGAGUCAUCCAUGCUGACUCUGAAAGCUUGUAUGGGAAGCCUGCUUGCUUGACGGACCAGAAGGAGCAUGAUUUUUCCAACAUUAAAUUGGAAGCUUCCCUUCGUGCCUUUAUGGGCACCGCUGAAGACUGCCACAGAAAGCUCCGGAAAGCUCCAGAAAAGCAAAAGGAUUUGGAAAAUCGUAUUAAAAAGAUGGCACAGAGCUACGUACCAGAGAGAAGGAAUGAAGGAAAAGUAAAGAAUGUGCGAUGGCAAAAAGGGCUGCACAGAGCCUCUCAAAAAAGUCUACACAGAACUGCUACCCCAUUUAUGUCACCGGAAGAAGUAGAGAGGCUUGUUUCAUCAGCUUCCAAGCUCAUUGUGGCUACAAUUUCGGAAAUUCCUCCAGAAAAACCCAGAACAACUCCAGAAGAUGCUUCAUUUCUAAAGAGAAGAGAUGUAAAAAGCAUCCAGACUUCGGAUAAUAGUAUCAGGCAACAGUUUUCUUCUACACUUUCCUGCAAGGAUGGAGCAAGGAGAGCUAAGCAAGAAAGAAAAAGUCGGGAAGAUGUAAAGAGGACAGGUGAAUUUUCAAGCAUCCCCAGCAACUCUGCUAAAUCAAAAAGAUUUUUGUCUGAACCUCGUCCUAAACCAACUGCUAGAAGUUCACUGAAUAGAGGUUCCUUGGUUUCAAGUUUUCAAACUGGAGAAAACAAAGCGCGUUGGCAAAGCAAACUUAAAAGCAAAGCCUCCAUCUCUGAACACAAAGAUAAGACAACACUAAACGCUCAAGAAAAGACCCGUUCACUUUCUGAGGAAAACCCACACGAUUCUGGUGGACGUUUCAAUAAAACGGAAAGAGAAGACUCGCGGAGUCCUAGACCUGGGGAAAUAGCUUCAAGCAAAGCCAAGGGUUUGGAUCCGAGGCCAGUUCUACGCUCCCCAAAGAAUAAAAAAUCCAGAGUAUCAAAAAGUGAUAACACCAAAUACUCUGCAGAGCCAACAACAGCAGCGAUAAGUACCCAACUUUCAAUGACUGGGAAAAAGAUGGAAGAACAAGGCAAUUCUAUAGUAGUUUCUAGGUGUGUUGCAGUUCCUGGAUAUGGAGCCUCUGAAUACAAUCAGGUUUAUUAUGAAAAAAAUCAGCAAGGCUAUAUCCCGGGCGGUCUUGCUCAGGAAUAUCAUUGCUCGGAUGGUGGCAACCUCCAUCACCUUAGAGUCCCAGAAGAUGCAGCUCUGGCGCCUGCCGUGGUAGAUAAACCCACUGGACACGUGGCAUGUGUUCAAGAGGAUCGCAAUGGCCCCGUUGCCACACUAAAGCACGGAUCAUCUUUUCUGUAUGAACUCUGCCAGGAAAUGGACCAAGAUUCGCCAGCGGAUAUGUUGACGAACAGGUCUGUGACUACAGAUGAAACUGACGGAAAUCAAAGCACACAUUCUUGUUUAAAUCCACCAUAG